AACCAAUCAGUACGUUUAUUUAAUGCAAUUGAAAUAGUACACCUAUUAGAUUAGAAAAAGGUUGUUCGUUGGGAUUUGCAGAGAAAAUGUAUACAAAGAAGAGCUUCUCUCUCAUUUCAUCAUCUCCGCUUGCCGUUGACUCUUCUUCAUCCUCUUCCUCUCUCGCCGUCCCUUGCUUCUUCUCUCGGAUUCCACGGUUCCUGAAUCUUCGAAUCGCGACAAGUUUUAAAUCAACAACCUCCACGUAUCAUCCUCGGAGUCUAACGUCUCCACUCGCCGCCCUAAUGUUUCCGGAAAACACAGUACUCUCAGAUGUCUGCGCCACCGGAAUCUCCGGCGUCGUCGCUUUCUCGUGCCUCGGUUUCUGGGGAGAGAUUGGCAAGCGCGGCAUCUUGGACCAGAAACUCAUCAGGAAGCUUGUGCACAUAAACAUUGGCCUUGUUUUUAUGCUUUGCUGGCCGCUCUUCAGUUCUGGACUCCAAGGAGCGCUUUUUGCUUCUCUUAUACCUGGACUUAAUAUAAUAAGGAUGCUGCUCCUGGGCCUUGGUGUCUACCAAGACGAAGGAACUAUCAAGUCUAUGAGCAGACACGGUGAUCGCAGGGAACUACUCAAGGGACCGCUUUAUUAUGCACUCUCCAUCACAUCGGCGUGUAUCUUCUAUUGGAAGACAUCUCCAAUAGCCAUUGCAGUGAUAUGCAACCUCUGUGCUGGAGAUGGCAUGGCUGACAUUGUUGGGAGGCGGCUUGGAACAGAGAAGCUUCCUUACAACAGAAACAAGUCAGUAGCUGGUAGCAUUGGGAUGGCCAUCGCAGGGUUCUCAGCAUCCGUUGCGUAUAUGUACUACUUUGCUUCAUUUGGUUACAUCCAGAAUAGCGGGUGGGAUAUGAUUAUUCGCUUCUUCAUCAUCUCUAUAGCAUCGGCUUUUGUGGAAUCACUCCCCAUAAGCACCGACAUUGACGACAAUCUCACUGUUUCCUUAACCUCUGCCUUGCUCGGUACUCUACUCUUCUAAUAGCAGCACUGAGUCUCUUCCCCUGUAUCAUCAACUACAGAGUCAUCGAGUUUGACUGCCUCUGAAGUAAAUCUACAUUCUUAGUUCCCACUUGUUAGUGAAUAACCUCAUAUUGUUGUUGUUGUUGUUUCUGUAGACGAUCUUAUUUUUUCAGCUGUAACUGCAGUUGGGUGCACUGUUGUAAUGUAGUGUAGAAUAUAGUGACACUAUGCUUCUACGAUUUCUACUAGAAACUCAAUACAUAUGCUUGUUUGUUGUUGGUUUGA